CUAAAUCAAACCAACAAUCACUAGUCAUUCCUGUCAACUUAAAAUGUUAUCCAACAUGUAGGCCAUACAUGUUCAUUUAUAUCUCAAUGUGUUGAGUAAAAAGUAAAUUUUACUUUUAAAGAAACAUUUUAACAGUCAGCGGCUGUAUAAGUUUGAUUAUUUUGUUCAUUCUUUGAAUGUCUGUAAAAGUGUUACAGAAUCAGCCCUUACGUACAAAAAUUUAAAUGUAAGUUAUUCUAUUAUGACAAAGGCCAGUGCUGAUUUAUAUGUUUUCUAGACAGAUAAUUUUGGAAGAUAAAGAAUUUUAAUAAACUCAUAGUUUUUGCUGAGCCUUACACACUAUGUGUUGUAUAAGUACAUAGGUAUUCUAUUAAAACUCCUCUGCUUCAAACUCGCUCACAUUUAUGUGUGAUAAUUUUAAACAAAACAGUGAAAUUCUGAGCGAGAAACUUUUGACAAUAUUUCUUUUAUUCUUUGGGUUUAUAUUUUAAUGUGAUUGACCCAUUUAAGUUAUCAACUUUUAUAACCAUUGUGCCUAAUGAUAUAAUUACAGGCCACACCUGCAUUUUACGUACUUCAAUUUAUUUAGCCUUUGUUAGUGACAGCUAAACAUUAUUAACAAAAAAUUACUGUAUACUUACAUUAAUACUUACAUUAUUUAUUUUAGAAUUAAUUGUGUAAAUAAAAAAUGUUUUUUUUUGUUAUAUAGGAUUUUUAUUUAUCUAAUAAUUACUUUUUUAACCUUUAAUUGUAAUCGUAUGCCAGUUCCACACGCCAAAUGUAUGAACAUAGUGUACAUUGAAUGUAGGAAUUAAUAGUUUGAAUGUAGUUUGAAAAAUGCUUAUAUUUACUGCCUUAGUUCGGCAAACUGGUGCGAUAGUGUGGAGCCGGCAUUAUGUCUUUAGGGUUAAGCCUGUAAUGACACGUGGAUAAUGAGAAUUUUAAAAAAGUGGAUAAUGAUAAAUAAAUAAAAGUCGUUAUUGUAAAAGUUGGUAGUUAUUUAGCUGUUUAAAAUGUAAAAAAAGCAGAUUAAACAAACUGUUUAACUAUUACCAUCAUCAUGUAAUCUAAGAACUUUAUUCUUGGAGUUUUAUCCAUUUUAGUAUAUUUUGCAGCAUCUACUUUCAUCCUACACGACACGAUGACCAUAAUCUAUUGCCCUACUAAUAUUAUAAACGAACGUUUGUGUGGAUGUAGGUAUGUAUUUUUGUUACUCUUUCACGCAAAAUCUACUGGACCGAUUGUUAUGUGAACAUAACCUGGAAUAAAACAGGGUAAUUUUUAUCCCGAAAUUCCCACGGGAGCGAAGCCCCGGGGCGCAGUUAGUUACCUAUAAAUGCCUUUCUUCGCUUCAAGCUUCUAUUUCUCCUUCAAUCAAACAUCAUUCCUUGUUAUUAUGUUCUUUCUUUUUUAAUUUGAUCUAGUAAGUACUUCCUCUUUGUUGUUUAAUUAUAAUAAAACUCAUUUAACAACUAAUCUAUUUAAUAAGUAAGAUACUUUAUAAGUCCAGAGUCAAAGAUCAUUUUAUCAGAAAAAUUCGACGUAAGGGGAAUUUGUUUUAUCUGUUUACGCGAACCGACAAGAGUGCGCGUUGAUUUCUAAGCAAAUUUUACUGUGCAAUAAAUAAGCCUGAAUUUUCAGCCAUAAGUGCCAUCAUAUUUUCAACUAGUUUUAGUUAUUAGAUAGGUUGAUAUUUUAGUACCUAUUAGUUUGGAGAUGCGUGAUGUGAAAUCGGGGGACUUCGAUGGCGAUUUGUCUGCGCCGAGCUCCGUGCAUUCUGUAGACAGUUACGAGCACGAUGUCCAGGGCAGUGUCAGUUUCUAAACAAUUGAAGUCUCUCUUCUCUUCGCGGCUCUAACGCAAAGAAACCCGUCAGCGUAAAAAAUGUGAUCUUUCAACUAGCCGCUUGCCUGACGGUAACCCUCCUUGGGUGAUAGUGUUGCUGACCAGCUAUGAGGGUCUAUGUGUCCCUACUCGCGUAGUCGUGAGUCUUGUGACAUUCACAAGGGGAUAAGGAGUGGUCCUAAGUACCUAUUCUAGCGCACAAUAUUCAGCAGUGACUGCUCCGAUUUUUACGACGUGGAAACCGAUGAGCGGAGUCGAAGGAAUAAUAGAAACAUCAACUCCAGGAUAUCAACUCCUUGCAGCCACCUGAUCAUGGACCGAUUGGAAACCUCACCAUUGUUGACCACAGUACCCAUACAUGGCUACAACAACUUUAACGGACAUCCCCAUACAGAACUUACGUCGAGUAAAAUUAUAUCAUCCUACGAGAGGAUGGAGAAUUCUAAGAGACAUGAGAAGAAACAACAGAGCUCUUUAGUCACGAUAUUCUCAGUAUGGAACACAAUAAUGGGUUCGUCUCUGCUGACGAUGGCGUGGGGGGUGGAGCGAGCCGGUCUCCCAGCUGCCCUUGUACUAGUAGCUGUCAUGGCCGCCUUGUGUCUCUACACUGCCCAUGUACUGCUCAGGGUAAACUUGCAUCAUGGCACGGUGACCUGCGAGGUGCCAGCACUCUGCAGGACGCUGUUAGGCAGGCCUGCAGAGGUGGUGGCCCACGGGUUCAGCCUCGUGGUGCUACUGGGCGCCAACAUCGUCUACUGGAUACUAAUUACCAACUUCUUGUACUUCACUGUCAAUUAUUUCGCUGAUCUCCGAAACUCAAACACGACGGAGUACAACUCGACCCUGCUCUGUCCGAAACACGAUGGUGUGAACGGCUCCCUCAUCAUUCCUGUGGACACUGACAGCACGCUGUAUUGGGGGCUGCACACCACGGUGCCUAUUUAUGUCGCCAUAAUCGUCUUCCCACUGCUCAACUUUAAAAACGUUACCUUUUUCACCAAAUUUAACUCUUUGGGUACCCUGUCAGUGGCGUACCUACUCAUAUUCGUGCUGACCAAAGGCGUCAUCUGGGGCGUCAACAUCAGCGCGCACGCGGCCGACAUGCACAUCGGGAGGAACGCAGCCGUCCUCAGUGGAAUGUUGGCUUUGUCCUUCUACAUUCACAACAUAAUCAUCACAAUCAUGAGCAAUAACGCGAGACAAGAGAAUAAUGGACGAGACCUUGCCAUAGCAUUUAUCCUGGUGACCCUGACGUACACGCUGGUCGGAGCUGGAUUCUAUAUCUGCUUUCCUCUGGCCAAGUCUUGUAUAGAAGACAAUAUCCUUAACAAUUUCGAGAUGCACGACGUAAUGACGGCGGUAGCAAGAAUAUUGCUACUAUUUCAGGUGGUGACAGUAUACCCUCUAGUGGCUUACAUGCUGCGUUCCGAAGCCAUCCUACUGCUGCCAUUUCCAGAAUCGAGAUGUCUGACUGUCUGUAUAAACACGGUCAUUGUGAUCAUGUGUAUGUUAAUCGCAUGCGUCUGUCCUAACAUUGGGACUAUUAUAAGAUACACAGGUGCUGUUAGCGGCUUAGUCCACAUCUUCACGCUUCCCUCCGUACUACAAAUAAAGUCUUUAAAACUACGCGGGAAGCUCACCUGGUGGAAAACUGCGUUCUAUUGCCUCAUAGUAUUGUUCGGAGCCAUUAAUCUUUUGAUGCAGUUCUUUAUCAGCGAGUAGUCGUCAUUUUGGCACGCUAAUUCUAAAUUCGGGUCAGCAACGCCAUGUUUUCGUGUUAGCUCACACAAAAACAUAUGUUUUCUUAACAGAUUAGGGGCGUGGCCUAACA